CAAUAUCAGUGUAAUCUAAUAAUCAUGAUUUUUUAGCUCAAUUGGCAGAGCAUUGGGCUACUAUUCCAAAGGUCGUAGGUUCGAUUCCCACCGUGGCCAGGCAUAUUUUUCAAGCUCGCCCGGCGUGGAUAUACACUCAGAGUAACAUCACAAGCAUCUUAUUCACCUGAGUACACAACACCAACACAACAAAAAUAAUCCUUACUUUGUUAGCUGUUUUAAAAAAGUACUAUUUAUUUUCAGGUGUUCUUGGAGCGACGUAAUUUAAUUGGCCAGUGGGUGAGUAUUUUUUUAACUACCAGUUUUUCAAUGUAUUUUUCAAGAGAAUUUUUGAACUUGAACAACAAGCUCAAGUUCUCCAUUUCAUGUUGUAAACUAGAUGUCCUGAGCUAUGCCCAAGAGAUUUUUCUAAAGUUUGAUUACUGUAUUUUGUAACUUAUUUUUAUUUUAUUUUAUUUUACAAUCUUUGUCAGAUAAAUGACAGGUUAUACAUAUAUCCUACAAGAUGAAAACUAAUUUGAAUAAUAUAUAAGUGUGUACCAUUCCAGAAAUUAAAAAAAUAUUUGGCCAUUUAUAUGUAGGGUUGUGGAAUUAUUUACACCCAGAAUUCUCGCACAAAAGUAAUGAUAUAUUUAGGUAUGGGGAGGAGCUUCUUUAAACUAAAAUUUAGGGGUGCACCGGAUUUCAAAUCCGGCCGGAAUUCCGGCCGGAUUUAACGAAUUUUCCGGCAUCCGGCUUCCGGCCGGAUUUGGAGAAAAUCCAGCCGGAUUUAAAUUUCUGUUUUCAGCUUAAAAAAUUCACCAAGAAUGGGAUAAACCCAGCCUAGUCCCAGGCUCUCUCUCUCUAUUCGCUGCUUUGAUAUAUUUAAAUAAGUCCCCUGGCCUGGUUACCAAGCAUACCUCAUUUGUAAAUGGAAAAUGUUAUGGAAAUUUCCUUUGCAUUUAUAAUUAAGUCAUUAGUUUUGCUCUAAUGCUCUGGGCUACGUUUCGCGGCCAUACGGUCAGAAUGGAAUAACGGGCUACAUAUGACUCGUGUUUACUAAAAUAUAUAGCCAUAUUAAAUGCUAUCUAGAAGCUUGAAAAUUAUGCCGAGUCUCCGAUUAUGAAUGUUUUGACAACACCGUCAUGUCAGCCAAAUAUUUCCAAUCUCAUCAGCAAUUUAAACCUGUCAAGUAGAAAGCGUAGUUGUGUAUACCAGUAUGGUCUAGUGUUGAUCACAACUUGCGAAUACAUAAAUAACAUCAAUGAUUGCUCAAACUCGGUAUCGUAAAUUUGUAUAUAAUUUUUUUUAGUUGAGCACAUUUUUAAUACAGUUUGAUUUGGUUAUGUAGACAUCGAACAUGUACAUGAUGAACGAACAUUAUCGUAUUUAUAAUUAAAAGUUACUUGUAUAUAUAAAUUUUCCGCCAUAUUAAAAAUACUGAAAUCUGCUAGGCGUUCUGAAGCACCUUGAGCGGUGACGUCACCCCUAGGUCCCAGUCUCGUAUUUCAUCCACUUUUUUCUCGCGCUUGCUUCAGAACGACUGGGACUAGGCUGGGAUAAACCAUCAAUUCGGCAGCUUUAAAGUUUAAAAAACCCUCAUAUUAUUAUAAAAUAUUAAGUUAUUAACAAAAAGAUAUUUAAAAAAGGUUUAAACACAAUCAAAAAUCUAAACUGACACUAACUAAAAAUAGUAAAAAACAUAAACCGCCAUUUUGAAUACUGAUUUAUCCCCAAUUGUCCCCAUUACCGGUUUAUCUCAAAUCUGGGAAAUCCGGCCGGAAUUCCUGCCGGAAUUUUUGUCCAAAUCCGGUAAAUCCGGUUCCGGCCGGAUUUGAAAAUUCCAAAUCCGGUGCACCCCUACUAAAAUUGAUUAAUCAUAUAUCAUUCUUCUCUGAUGAAAAAAAUCAGAACAUUUUAUAAAAUUGUUUCUGAGACAUUGCCAUUUCAUUUUAAAAAGAAAUUUUAAAAAAUCUUCACAGACAAAACAAACAUGCUUUGUCUCAGACUUAAACUAAUGAGUACUGUAUAAUCCCUCCAACAGGUAUCGAACCAUGUAUGGAAAUUUUUGUCAAUGGAAAACAUUUUACAUUGCUGUCUAGUCCAGCAAGAUGCUCAAAAUUUACAAUUAUUUUCUCGUUUCUCUUCAGUACUACUCUUGGAAUGAAACCCAAAGAAAAAGAUUCUUUGAUUUUAUUUUGGACCAGUCAUCACAUCCUGAACUUAAAUUCAUUCUGGCUUGGUUUAAGCAACCUGUACGCACCCAACAAGAUUUCACUACCCUACUACCCAAGAAAGUUUCAACUCAUAUAUUCAGCUACCUUGACCCGCGAAGUCUCUGCCGAGCAGCCAGUGUUUCGUGGCAUUGGAAAUGGUUGGUCGAACAGGAUACAAUCUGGAGAAGAAAAUGUCUAAAAUUUGGUUGGUAUUUACCGUAUAAGCCGAGCGACUUGGAGAAUGGAGCAUGGAAGAAACAUUAUAUGAUGUGUAUUAGGACUUUGGAUAUUGAAUUGCCUCAGAAGUCUGUAAGUAGGAUUAUAUCAAGUUUAUUUAUAUGGCAGCCCUAUCAGUUGUAAACUGUUGUUCCUAGUACAGGAAAAUCUAAUCUAAAUGAACUUUAUUUAUACUGGAUAACUCUAUCAGUUCUAAACUGUUCUACUUGUUGGUCCAGUAAGGCCGUUCCUGUAGGAGAAAAUUCAAGCCACAAUUGCACAAGUGCCAGCUGCUCUCUAGCCUGCUCACAGACGUUGUAGUUCUUACGCCAAGCGACAAAAUACUACCGUCUGCUUACCCGAGCUGCAUAUUCAGUUCCCUUUGUUUUAGGAGCCAAUCAUCUGGCAGUGUUCAAAAAAGUUAGAGCCAAUUGGAAGCCGCCUUAUUGAGAGAUUAGCUACUGGGGAAAGCCCUUGCACAUGCAUUGGAAUAUAUUGUUUGGGUUGAAACUUGAAAUUUGUUCACUUGCAUGGAUAUAUUUUGGAAACUAUAGCGUUGAACUUCACGAUGUUGACGUAGAAUAAUAUUGAGAUCGUCUUCUCGCAUGUUCAGCAAACAAUUGGUGUAUAUAAAGUGCUAAAGCAAUGCAGUAGGCGAAAUUUAAAUUUUUGUUAACAAUGACAAACAAUCAAUUGGGAAACUCGAGUAUAUCAGGAUAUGUCCAAAUGUUGCUCUUGAUACCUCCUAUAUGCCAUGACUUCGACGAACACUUCUAAAAGAUUAAGCUCUCAUUGUCAUGUAGAAAAGUAUAGCCAAGUUAGAGUAUAAAUGUUUCGAAGUUUGGGCGAAUUGGAAAAUUCAUUACGGCUCAAUUUUAAUACAAGUUUCUCGGGUUUGUGUUGUGUUUACAGUUUACAUUCAGAAGUGGUUGCUCAAACAACAAAUUAGUUUACUUUGAAGCUAAUAUUUCGCUUUCUAAUUAAGCCACAGUAUUGUAUAAAAUUUUCUGUCUUCCGAGUUCUGUUGUCUUAUAAAUAAAGAUAAACCGUUAAAAUUUCAGCGAAAUAUAUUCGGCAUUUGAUGCUGUCUGGCUAAGAUUCAUACAGUAUAAUUAUAAAUAUGCCAAUCCUGUCCGCGUUUUAAAAUUAAAUAAAACCAAACAUCUUCAAUAUCCAAAUCUGAUAAUUAAUGGUGCAUUUUAUUACCUGGACAAGUAUCAGUAUCCUUAAAUUCAAUUUAUGUGCAAUUUUGACCAAAAUUCAACCGACGACUGCUUUCAAAAUAUAUAUUAUAUUUAUCCGCUCCUAAAUCAACUCACAUCACUUUCCAGAAUUUGGAAGGUAAAUUCUGAUUGGUCGACGUAGCGGAAUUCAGUUUGGCGCUCGGGUAAGCAGACGGUAGUAUUUCUCCCCCUUGGUGUGAAAAAACCAUCUGUUGUUAGACAGAGUGAAAUAUUAAAGUAGGGCACAUUAAUAAGGUAUGAUGCAACUCAAUGGGUUAACUAAACUAAAUCUUUUUUAUACUGGGUAGCUCUUAUCAGUUCUAGCAAGUUUAAAUACAAGUAAAUUAAGUGCCUACAUUUUCUUUUUGGUAGACAAACUUACUACGGGCCAGAUACAAUAGUAUUCUAAAGGCACUAACUGCUGAGAAACACAAAAGUGAAUCUGACAUUGCUGCAAAAGCUUACAGAAAAUGGAAAAAGAAUGUUCCAUUAGUUCACAAAGAUGGUAAGAAGUUACCUUGCCUUUGUUGGUGGGGAUGUAACUAUUUGAAAAAUACAAGGAGAAAUUCGACUUUUCGAGUGAAGGCCCUUGGUUGGGAAGUUAGAAAUUACUAAUUGUGUAAUCUGUUUAAGUCCUGGGAUUGUGUCUGAACUACCCAAAAUAGAUUCUACAAUAAGCUGCCGUGGUUUGUGUCUGAACUACCUAAAAAAGAUGCUCAAACGUGGUGCCAGUGCAGUGUAGGUAGUAUUCUGCAAUAAGCUGCCAUGGGUUGUGUCCGAACUACCUGAUGGUAGGUAGUAUGUCUUCUUAAAAAUCUGUCUAUGUACACUCUUAUAUAGAAGAUGCAAUACGCCCUCCUUGGGUCGCUAAUAGUUUUAAACCAAAAGAACUAGAAUACGCUGAUAAAGGUUUCUUCGGUAAGAAGAGUCCAGAAAAGCCAAGUACCCUAACAGCUCAACAGUCAGAGUUCACACGGAGCAAGCAUACACGAUCAAAAACAACUCCAACUCAUACAGCAGAUAUUGUGAUCAGUGAACAUGCCCGGAAAUCGUUACAUAGACGAAGCAAGAGCGAGGUACAUUAUACAAAAUUAUAGAAAUAUGCAGUAACCCAUUAAGCUGCAGAGCUUCCCCACUGACAAGUACAGCUCAAUGGGUUAACUAGAAACAUUGUCAGAUUUUUUGGUUAACCCACUAAGCUGUAGAGCUUCCCCAUUGACAAGUAAAAUUGUCUGACGUUAGACAAGUAAAAAAAAUAAGUAUGGUGCAUUGCGGCUCAAUGAGUUAAUUAGAGCAUAGAAAGUUUUAUUGUAUAACUGUUGAUAUGUUUGCCAACUAAGUCAUAUACAUAAACUAAAGCUAUUUGUACUGACUAGCUGUGUUCUAAAUUGUUCUCCCCAGUGGUCCGGCAACAGUUCUCCCCUAUUGGUCCAUCAAUUGUUACUACAAAAGAAAACUGGAGCUUCCUGAGAAAAACAGAUCUCUCACAUGCAACCAUGCAACUGGGAGGAAACAUAAAAUCAGACAAGUCUGCAUACUUGCUGGAAUUACGCCCAGGUCACAGGGGAACAGUUGAUGCACCCCUAUCAAGAAAGCUGAAAAUUAUUUUAGACCAUACAUAUGAAUAUUUUUUCAGGAAUUUUCACUUUUGAAUGAAGAUGUUCCAGACCCAUCUAUGUUGACGUUAUCUGAGGCAAUUCGAUAUGAGCUGCUUUAUCAGAGUAAGUUCCGAUAUUACUUUCAGCGCUGAAUAUUGAGGUUUAGUUGAGAUUUAUUAUCAAGAUUUUGGGCAUUUCGUUAGCCUGCGAAAACAGCCACUACUUUUAAUAGAAGCAGCAAAGUAGUGGCUGUUUUUGCAUGUUAGCAUCUCGCAUGAUAGAACUAACAUUUGAAGGGUUUUUGUAGAUGGAAAUUUUGAGUGGAAGAUUAUGUAUAUUUUUUAGGACCUAACCAGGACCCAUACCCCUUUAACUCAUUAAGCCACAAAGCACCUUUGUGCACCCAAUUCAGGGGUGGAUUUAUAGGGGGUGCACAGGGGUGCGCACCCCUGUUGUCCUUAGUCAACAGGGGUGCAAGGGGGUGCAAAAAAUCAAAUUCAGAAAUAUGGCACAAUUUUUCCUUUUUUGAAGUCAUACUGAAGCUCAUAAUUCAAUACCCAUAUCGCAGGAAAUGGCAUUUCUAGGGUUCUAAUUUUCAAAAUGUUGCGGGGGCAUACCCCUGGACCCCCUAGGGAGCUUGCGCCUGUGGCGCUCAAGUUGUUAGGAAGCCAAUUCAUUUGAAUGUUCUCCCACCACCCCCUAAAGAAUUAUAAGGAAACACUCAGCCGCUCACCCAGCACCCCCCUGAAAAAAGCUUGCUGGAUCCACCCCUGACCCAAUUUGUUAUUGUACUAUUUGAUCUUUCUGAUUAAGCCUGAGGCACUAAUUAAUGCGUUAUUAUGUAUUCUUUUUGUAAUACAGCCGAUGGGGACGAUAGAAUGACCCAAGAAGUUGAUGGAAAUCAAAAUAUUAUACAAAAUGUCAAAACAAGGUAAUGGCUUAAUUUUUGUGGAGUAAACAAUCCAUCAUGCAUCAUUAUGAAAGGUGUGCAUCUUUGGACAUAUAUAUAUAUAUAUAUAUAUAUAACCUCUCUGUUAUUGAAAAUUAUUUAGCUCAAGGAGGUUGGAUGCUUCUAAGCUAUAUUCUCAAGACAAGACCAAAAAGAGUUUACAAGAGUUUAGUAUGGUAGGUAUAAUUAAUCUACUAAAUUUGUUUCUUUCUUUGCAUGGUGAUUGGAAAAGAAUAUUUGUACUAAAAUGUAUGUUGUAUAAUUUUUUUAUUUAAGGCUUAUCCAAGCAUGGUUAAUCCUCAUGUUGUGUUCAUUUCAUCCCAAAUAUCAGCACAUGAGGUAACUCAAUAAGCUUUAUAUAUUUCAUUGGAAUAAUAAUUAAUAACUCUUUGAGAUUGGCAGAUCAUACUACUGUCAAGGCCGGCGAGAGCCAACCACGGGCCCCGGGACAAAAUGAUGAUUGGUGAGCAUGGGCCCCCUGUCCUUCUUGACUCUUCCGCUGGCUAUUAUCAACAAGAGAAUUGCCAGCGAAUUACUUGCAAGAAAUCGCCGCAUAACUGAUAAAAACGCAAUGUCAACGAUGUUCAGCUAUAACUGUUUUUGCUGAGAAAACGUUCGAAAAAUCGUUUAUUUUUUGGUAUGUUUUACGAUCGAUAACAACGAUCAGCGGAUAGUGUACAAGUAGGCGUAUUUCAUUUAGGACAAACAUAAACAAUGAUAAACAAUAUGAACAUUUUACCGAGAUUUCCGGGCCCCUCUGAACACUCCGGGCCCCGGGUAUUUUGCCCCCCUGCCCCCCCCCCCCUCUCGCCAGCCUUGACUACUUUUCGCAACUGCUGGUAAUAGGUCUAAUAAAUGUAUAAAAUUUGCACUCGAAAUUUCCAUCUACAAAACCCUUCAACAAUUUGUAUAUAAUGAAAAAGUUUAUAAAGAUGAGGAUGUACGUUUACUAUGAAGAUAUAUAUUAAGCCCUGGGCAAACAAAGAAACGUUGUGGAAACAUUUGUGAUUAUCGAUGUUUCCUCAAAUGUUUCCCUGUUUGCCCACCCAUGGAAAAAUUGUUGCAGAAAUAACCUGAGUAUCAGGCCCUCCUCGAGUUUGGGCAUAGGUAGAAAGCCUGAUACUCAGGUUAUUGCAGAAACAAAAUUUGCUUCCCGAGAAGCAAAAAUGUUUCCUAAUGAAUUCAGAAACAUUUGAUGUUCCCUAAUAGUAUGUUUCUCACUAAUGUUUCCUAGUGUUUGCCCACUCUUGGAAACAUGGCGAAACAUUGGUAAGAAACAAUGUUUCCACGACAAUGUUUCCUAGUUUGCCCAGGGCAGGCUGGGCUUAAGGUUAGUGAAACUUUACUCCCUCCCAUCAGAAAAUUAACAGUGCCAUAUAGUAGUGGCUACAGAAUACUGCCAACACCUCUCGCUAAUGAGAUAUCGUGCAGCAAAAUUUCUUAUUCCAACAUUUAUUGCUUUCAAUUUGUUCAGUUAUUAGCUAGUGCUGUUCUACAUGGAGUUUUACCCAUUGUCUACGAAUAUGAAGGAACAACAUUAUAUGGAUUACUGGAACAUCUUACUGCAGUCUUACAAGGACGAAAAGCAAGGUGUGAAUGUCUGAUAACUAGACUGAUACUUUAGGAAAAAUUAUACUGUGAAAAUUAUACUGCUGAUAAACUUGUCAACUAUUACUGUUGUUUUUAACUAAUAUAGGAGUGUUGGAUUGUUUGUUGGAGGAGAGAAUGGCAGCCUUCAGCUCAUUCGAGGUAAUUAGGUAUAACAUGCAAAUCAGGCAUUCAUAUAAUGAUUAUUGUAUGAGGGUAAGCACAAUAUUGACAGUUAUUAAACCUGAAGAUUGUGUUAAGCCAUACAUAUGUCAAACAAGGAUGAGAGUUGAGAAGCAAAAGUUUUGCAUAAGAAUUUUCUCAAUUCUCGUGCCCUGUUCAAAUGAGAACAAGACAAGGACAAACAAAAAUGAGAGCUGGCGAGUGUUGAUGAGAGUUGCAUUAACUUCCACUGAUGUUAGACAGCUACAUAUGUAUGACUCUCAUGCAUCAAUGCACGAUCAUCAACUUUGAGUUGGUUCUAAUUUUGAUGAGAGUUUCUGAUUACAGGUGCACCUACUCACUGAGCUCACUUGUGUUCAACUGCCAAUUCACACUGACAUGCACACACUCUUGUUAAAGCCUCUGUCAAAUGAGGAUCAGAGAGUUGAUGACGGUUGAGAAGCAGAGUUUGCAUGCACAAUAAUUGAUUGGACACAAUGCAACUCUCAUUAAGUUCCAUUCUUGUAUAGAUUUUUAUAUUAUGGCGAAUGCUGAACCCUGAGGUUAAAAUCUUUCUUUUUGCUCUAUAAUAUCUAAUUUGCAUUAUAGAUCGCAGCAUAUCACUGUCAUCAAUAAACGAACCUGAAAUCCAGGACUUCUGGCAAGCACUAAGUAAGGACAUUCUUCCUCAAGACCAAGGCGGACAUGUUGAUAUCUUUUAUCCUCUGGGUGGAACAGGUAGAUAUACUAUAACAUUUCUGUACACACAUUGACAUCUGAAUUCCACAGAAUAGUAUAAAUUGUGACAAAUAACUGCCCGGAAAGUUGAAUACAGUAUUUUAGAUAUAUGAUAAAAUAUGUCAGUCUUGCAUGAUGAUCCUGCUACAUUUGUACAUAGAUGCUGGAAUGGAACUACUGAGCCAACUUCAAAUUAUGACUGGAUUGACUUUCUCAUCUCCAACUGGCACUGCAUCUGCUCUACAUAAAGGUUAGUAUGCAAAGAGGAAUACAAACCUAUGCCUUCUAUUUUUAAUUUAAGCACAUUUUUUGCACCUGCUCCUGGUUUGGUCUAAGCAUAUAAUUUCCAUUUAAAUAAUUUCUAUCUCGAAAAACCCUUUAACAUUUAAAUCUGCCAAUAGAAUGGUGAACGGUAAUAAACAUAACACUAUUUUCUUCUUUUGAAAUAAGUUUCACUUGAUGAUAGCUGGCUUCCAGUGCCUGAAGAAGAGACAGAGAAACCUUCCAGUUUAUAUUUUAAUGGAAUCAAACUUUCUGCUUGGUGCAAGGCUGCUGAAUACAUCCAGGUUUGUAUGGAGUAAAGCCCUCUACAGAUGAGCAAGUAUUCCUUGACAAGUUGACCUUCUUGCGUGUUUGGUCAACAAGUUUCUCUUGGUGUUUAGUUAUAAACAUAAUGUUAGAUGUUGAUCUCACAUCAAGGCCGUAUUUUGUUUGUCAAAACCAUAGAAGUAUUUCUUGUGCACUUAUUUGCCAGGUUUUUUCCUUGUCCAAAAGCUGACGUGACUAGCUUUGGAACAAUAAGGCUCUUAAUUUGGCACACAUGCAUGCACAAACUAGUAAAACUUGUAAAACUUGUAAAGGAAAACGUCUCAAGGAAAAUUUGCUCAUCUGUAAGGGGCUUAACUAAAUCAAGACAAACACUGCAGAACGUUUUCUUUAGUAAGAAUAUGUACAAUUUUGUAGCAAAUAGAGAUGUCUGAUAAUUUUAUUACAAAACAAUUUUACCAGGAAAGUUUGAAUAAAGUUCGUGCUGAGCUUACUGGACAUUUUGAAGACGAAAUUUAUGGCUUGGCCGCAAAUAUUGUGGGUAUGUAACUUGUAACCUUUUUUAUUAUUUUAUAAUUUGCAUAUUGAUGCAUAGCAUUCAAAAGUAAGACCAAACUCUCUCUCUCUCUAUGCCAUAUAUCAUCCAGUCAUCUAUAAAACAUUGUUUAAUUCAUAUUGAACUUUCAUUUAUUCAUGCAGGUGAAAUAAUUUUUAAAGCUCUUGGUUUGGUGGAGUUAAGUGAACUACAAGAUGUUAGUAAAAUAUUGGUAAAAGCUAUAGUUCUGAUGUCACAACAGAAGCAAAUUGAAAAGGUACAGUACUGAUCACACUUAAUCAACCAACCAAAUGUCAGUUAUUCUUGACUGGGACCGAGGGAAACAGUAUGUUUUGUGGACCAAAGACUGCCAAAACUGAGGUAAAAUUGAAGGGUCAAACAUUGACAAGGCCAUAGGGUCCACAAAACAUACUAUUUUCCAAAAUAUUUUAUUACAUUUACAUAGCAAUUAGUGUAAAAAAAGAAAGAAAUGGGAAGUUCCAUUUGCACGUUCAAGCAUUACAUUCAUUUACUAAACCAGAUGCUUAACAUUGUUUUGAAGUUGCAAUUACGAUACUAAAUGUAACAUACAGUAUUAAUUAAAUCAGAAAAAGUAAUAAAUAAAUUAUGCAUGUUCUUUUAUUGCUAGGCUAAGCCAAUUACAAGUCUUAUUCAUUGUCUUCAAGAAUGCGAGAGAGGGCAAAAUGCAAGAAAGAAGCGAACAAAAAAGAAAAUUAAAGUAUGUCAACUGCUCUCCCUUGGUUUAAUUCUUAUUAUAAUAUAGCAUUUGUAAAUUCUGAACGCUGAUUGGCUAAGAGCCGUGUUGAUAUAACUCCAUGUCAACACGGGAAAUUUUCCGCCGCUUGUUAACACGGAAAUUUUUCUUAUUCUUCGGGCUUUUGACAUUGCUAUAUUAUAAAACAAAUAUAAAACAUUUUUCCGUAUUGAUAUAUAGUUAUAUCAACACUCGUGGAAGUUGGGAAAACUCGAAAUUGUGUGAAAACACUCCGCCCUUCGGGCGUCGUGUUUCCACACAAUUUCUCGUUUUCCAAAUUUCCACUCGUGUUGAUAUAACUGUAUAUCAACACGGAAAAUGUUUUAUAUUUGUUAAAUAUUACAUUAUGAUUAAUAUAUUACUGUACGUACAGUUGUGUCUGAACUACCUGAGCAAAAAUCCCUCACAAUGGGCAUUGUUCCAUGGGUUGGAUGCAGUCUUCUUUAGGUAGUCCAGACACAAAUUACAGAAUAUAGCAGCUUGUUGUAGAAUGAGUAAGUCUUAUAAAGUGUGAUGUUUUUUUUAGGAAGUGCCACUGGAUGAAAAAGAGCCUUUGAAAGAAGGAGAAUAUGUUUCGUCAGAAGAUGACUUUGAGUCAGAAGAUGAGAAUUGGAAAGUAACGGUAAGAUUGUACCAUUUUGAUCUUUUGCUUCUGUGACCGGGUGUGAUUCCUGUAAUAUACAUGCAGUUGUGUGAUAAUGUUUGAGUUAUUAAUAUACUGUAAUAAGUGAUGACUAUUAUACAGACCUUUAAUACUAUAGCUAUAAUAUAUCAGAGCUUUCCAUAACAAGGCUGCUUUCUGGUUUAGCCAAAUGUUACCAACAUUCUGACAUAUAAAUUAUUUCCGUUUAAUUGUAGAAUUCAAAUCUUAAAGAGAGGUUGUCGUUGGGAGAGAGGCGCUCAGUGAUAGCACAUGAAAUACUCGGUACAGAGAAAGAAUACUGUAACACCUUGACUAUUAUACAAGAUGUGUUUAGAAAGCCACUGGAUGCUUCUGUCAAAUCGAAUAGGUAUAAAUAUAAUUUGCUUUGAGUUUCAUUCAAAUUUUGAUGAGAGUACUAAUGCUAUGUGGACUGGCCAGGCUGAGUAACGUCCCCUCAUGCAACCCUCUCAUGAAUGCCUGAAUGCCAUUAACUCAUUAACCCAAUGAGUCACAUUGUGCCCUGAUGCACCAUACCUUAUUAUUUUACCCUGUCUAAUGCCAGAUGGUUUUACUUACACGUCAAGGGGUGCGAGUGCUGGUGCUUUAAUGGGUUAACUGGCCAGUAUCUGCUGCUCGUGUGUCUACAGUAGUUAACUCAUUGAGUCGCAUUGAUGCACCCUACUUGGCUACUUUAUUAUUUUACUCUGUCUAACGCCAGCUAGAUCGUCAAGGGGAAAUAAUUAAUUUAAUGUGUUUUACACUUGUUGUAAUUUCAGGCCAGUGAUUGGAAGUGCCAAUAUUCGAAUGAUUUUUAAUGACAGUGAAACCCUGCUAACAGUAAACAAGUAAGUUCUGUGAAUUGCACAGCUAGUAACAUUAUAGUGACAGUAACUUUAAGCCUAUAUGAUAUAUGUACAAAGGAAUUGAGUUAGGAUCAGUGACUAUAAGCUUUUCCUACCUGGCUGGGUUAACUAGGAAAAUUUUAACCAGAGUGUUUUUAGAGUGUAAAAAAAAUUUUUAAAUUUCAUUUUUAAAUUCCAUCUACGAAAAACCCAUAAACUAUUAGUUUCUUUGAGCCCAAAAAAUCACUAAAAGAUCUAAACUAACUUUGGAAUUUAGAUGUCUUAAUUCCCCCAUCUCUUUUGCAAUCAUGUAGCAAUACCAUAAAAUGAAAUGCUAAUACCGCAUUGCUAAUCCCUUACCUGACUUAAUUUACACACUUUUUAUAGGGAACUUGAAAAUGAUCUAUCGUGUCGUUUAGAAAAUUGGGAUUCUCACCAGGUAUGAAUGAAAAUAUAAUAUUAGGUUUCAGGAAGUGUUUAAUUAUGAUGGUCAACCAGUCUUUGGCAUUUUCCUGAUUUUCUCCAAUGGUUUCCAGAAACUACUUUAAACAGAUUGACACUUAUACAUCCAUGCUUAUUGUAAUGGAAUAUACUGAUUGAUUUAUCUGUACAAAUGGAAUUUCUUUCUUUGUUUUAUUUUAGUGUCUUGGUGACGUUUUCCUUAAAUUCAACACCAAAUUUAAAGCGUACAUAAAUUUUCUCAACAACUAUCCGAUAACUUUGGCGACCAUUGACAAGGUUGGUUGCAUGACUUUCGUUCAUGUAAGCUGCCCUGGUUUGCAUGGUUUUAUCCCCUCCCCUUGAGGGGCAUUAUGCUCAAAACAUGGAAAUAUUUUUAUAAUCUUUCAGGUAUUAGUUCAUACAAACCAUAGCUGUGUAUUUUAGAACAGUCUAGCCAGGCUACUAAAUUCCCAUGCAUGCACAUCUGAGAUUUUUUCAUUUUACGUGUUGUACAUACUUGUUUGUACAGUAUAGUUUGUACAGUAUAUCUAUUUAUUUUGACCCAAUUUUUAUAUGCCAUUUUGAUUUGUGUGAAUAAUGGUCUUUUUCUUUCAAAAACGUUCAUUAUGCAACCACAAACAAUAACUUAUAUUAUCUCUGUUCAGUGUCAAAAACAACAUCCAGCCUUUCGUGGAUUUUUGCUGCAACUGGAGAAACAACCUAGCACUAAACUUUCAAGGUGUGGUUUUACUGUAACUUCAAUGGGAAACAAGAACGGCAAAUAAAAAUAUGACUUGUUUUUCUUUCAGCCUUCCAAACUUGUUGUUGGCACCCACAAACCGGAUACAUGAGUAAGCAAGUGUUGUUGAUUUGUGUAUUGGUUCCAUGUGCUAGAUGCCCCCCUACCAAAUUAGUUGGACCCAUCCCUGGUACUGUAAUGUAAUUUAAUCUUACCACAUGCAAAAAUAUUUGCCAACUCAUUCUUUCAUUAAGGUAUAUCUAUCUGUUAGAGUCAUUUCUUCACCACACACCUGUGGAACAUAAGGACCACAAGAAAUUGAUCAAAGCAAUUGAACAGUUGAAACAACUGAAGUUACUUUUUGAUGAGGUAUGUUGGAUAAUCUAUUGAUUGUAAUGUUGUCUUCAGUUCAGUCUUGUAGGAAUAGUACUUAUUUCCAAAUGAAGUUGAACCACUUGUUUACUCUCAAUUUCAGUAGGGCUAAUGAAGCCCCAUUUAAUAUUUCAUGCUUUGCCUAAUUUUUAGGCCAGUACAAGGCUACGCCGUGAAAAAUGCCUCAAAGAAAUUCAGCAGCGAAUUGACAACUGUCCGGUAAGUCUUUACAAAUUAAGCUGUUGUGGUUUGGUGAGGUGUUAUUUGUCAUGGAGUUACAUAUGGUGUAUGGUGUAUGGUAUAGUAUGCUAUGGUGUGGUAUCAAAUAGUAUGAUAUGAUAUCAGAUGAUAUGAAAUGAUGUAGUGUGAUAUGAUGUGUGAUCUAGUGCAGCAUUGAAUGGUAUGCUAUGGUGGUAUGGUAUUCUGGUUUGGUAUGCUAUGGUCUGGCAAUUUAUGUUAUGGUUUGUAAUGGUAUGCCAUGCUGUGCUAUUCUAUGCUUUAUGGUAUAUGGAUGGUAUGGUAUGAUGUGGUGAAUGUGAUGGAAUGGUAUGCCAUUAUAUAUAUAACAUGCUAACAUAUAAGGGCAGUGUAUAUUGGUGGCUUACUGGGCUUCAACCUAUGAAAUUAAUAGUAAUGUCCUUCAUUAUUUAGGCUUUGGUUGAACGUGGACGAUAUUUUAUUAAACAGGAAGAUGUAAUUCAUUUAAAACAGACAGAUGAUAAUGAAGUAAAAGCUGAAUUUAGGUAAAGGCAUAUGUAAUUUAUAGACAAUGCCAUAAGCCAAGCGAAGGUAGCCUGGCUUGCGAGAUUGUUUGAUAACUUGGCUGGUGAAUUAGUACUGUACAUGCUGACCGCUAAGUUAAGCGUGCUACUGAAGGUUGAGGAUAAGUCGGAUUAAUUUUGUAACUUGACAUGUUUUGUCUUUCUUUUAUAGAGUGUUUCAAAACAUUGGAAAUUUAGGAUUAUUCCUAUUGAAUGAUUGCCUGAUUUUGGCAACCAAAAAUGUCACGGCUGUGCCGUUUCAAAGAAUUUUGGAAAUUACAUAUAAGUAAGAGGAUAUUAUAAUAGGUGUAUGAUUAGGUAGAUAUAGAUCCUUGGUGGGACAGGGGCACUGGGUGCACUUACACAUAUGGGGUGGGGGGGAAGUCACCAUCUUCUUGCAAAAUUGCAGUCACUGUACUGAAGCUUAGAACUUUUGUAGACUUAUUUUACACUAUUCCUAAUAUUUCUGAUGUUCUUUAUAGAUACCAUCAAUCACUGCCUUUAUCAACUCUGAAAUUGGAGGACGUCAGUGACACAAAAUGUAAGUAUGUACAUUGUAGACAUGCAGCUAUACUGAAAGUAGACGCAUUGGUUUUUUGCUUUCGAUAGGUUAGCUUUGACUGAUCAGCAGGACUAUACAAGGAGCCUAUUGCUCAAGAAAUAGAAUUUGGGAGAUAUUUUCCAAGAAUUUUGGGGAUUUUCUAAAUUUCAGUGGGAUUUUCUCUAGAUCUUUAAGGAUUUCCUCAAGAUUUUUUGAGAAAGCUACCACUACUGUAACUCUAACGAAAUACUGUCUUGUUUAAAUUAAGAUACACAAAAUGCAUUUAUAAUUGUGACGAAUAAACGCCGUUGGAUCUGCCAAGCAAAAUCUUCUGAAGCGAAAUGUAAUUGGAUUUCUUUACUUUGGUAAGUUUAAUUUGAUCAAUAGCUGCGAUAACACGAUGAGUUAUACUUAAUGAAGUUUAGACAAAGAAUUUGUUCACGGUUAGGUGAGGUGCAGUUCAAUAACAAAUAAAAGUUGUUCUUUGAAGUUGGCCAUGCCUCCAGACAAAAACCAUGGCUAUAAGGUAUGCUGAGAACAUGCAUACUUUAUAGCUACAAACAAUAAGGUGUACCAAUAAGGUGACUACCACACUUGGCCAGGGCAGGAAAAAACAAUUUUCUUCCUGGGCGCAAAACCUGGAGACAAAAAUUACCUGCAGACCAUUUUUGUGCUAAAUCUGCAUGUGCAUAAACAUAUAGUGUUUUAGCUGGCCAUGGUUUUAAAUUCAUUUCACCCAUUGUUGGACAUGGGUGUUAAGGUUUCCUUAAAAUCUUCAAUACCAAAUUUCAUUAAAACGAAUUUCCUGCAGCUGUUUAGCAUUUCCUGUGAGCAGUGCUUGUGUGCUUGCCUAUUUUAUUCCACUUGGCAUAAAGUGAACACAUAACUAAAGCCUUCCCAAAUUACGGGUUGCAAGCAGGCCUAGCUGAAGAAGAUUAUGGAUUUGUAACUUGACAUGUUUUCACUUUCUUUUACAGAGUGUUCAAAACAUUGGAAAUUGAGAAAGAUUGCCUGAUUUUGGUGACGGCUGUGCCAUUGAUUGAUUGAGAAAGAUUGCCUGAUUUUGGUGACGGCUGUGCCGUUUCAAAGAAUUUUGGAAAUCACGAAUAAGUAAGAAGAUAUAAUAUAAUAGGUGGAUGAGGAAUGGGU